AUGUCAGAUUCCAACCACACCAGCACCUUCUUCUUCCUAGCAGGCCUCCCAGGCCUUGAGACUGUGCACAGAUGGCUCUCCAUCCCUCUGUGUGCCAUGUAUGUGGCCUCUCUGGCAGGGAACAGCCUGAUCCUGAGGGUGGUGAGGUCAGAGCCCUCCCUGCACCAGCCCAUGUAUGCUGGCGUGACUGACCUGGGCCUGUCUGCCUCCCCGCUGCCCACCAUGCUCCCCAUCUACAUGCUGGGUCUCAGGCAGGUGUCGGUGGAUGUGUGCCUGGCCCAGCUCUUCUUCAUCCACACCUUCUCCAUCAUGGAGUCCUCAGUGCUGUUCACCAUGGCCUUGGACCGUUUUGUGGCCAUCAGCAACCCCCUGCACUAUGGUACCAUCCUCACGAGCCCCCGUGUUGCCAGCUUGGGCCUAGCCAGCAUGGUGCUCAGCAUCGGGCUCCACACCCCAGCCCCCAUCAUGCUGAAGAAGUUGCCUUACUGCCAGAGUCACCUCCUUUCCCACUCCUACUGCCUGCACCCAGAUGUCAUGAAACUGGCAUGGGCAGAGGCCCACAUCAGCAGUGCCUAUGGUCUCUUUGUAGUGCUCUCCACUGGGGUGGACUCGGUGCUCAUUGUUCUCUCCUAUGUGCUGAUCCUCCAAACAGUGCUAUCCAUUGCCAAAGCUGAGCGCCUCAAAGCCCUCAACACAUGUGUCUCCCACAUCUGUGCUGUGCUGCUCUUCUACACACCUAUGAUUGGCCUGUCCAUGAUCCACAGAUUUGGGAGGCAGGCUUCCCAUUCCAACCCUGUGCUGUUCUCCUAUCUUCACUUUCUCAUACCGCCAGUGCUCAUUCCAGUGGUUUAUACCAUUAAGACCAAGCAGAUCCAGCUGAGGAUGCUACGCUUCUUCGGGUUGGGUGGGGCUGGCAUCAGAACCACUCAGGCUCAGUAG